GAGAAACGAACGUUUCCAAAACAGUCGUCGGGCUCGGCGUAGUGACGUCACUACGCGUCUUGCCCAAUCGCGACGCACGCUGGUCGGGGCAUUGUGAAGCAGGAGUUGGGAGCGUUAGCAGAGCAGGCUAAAGUGAAGGAGGAAGAAAGCGAACUAAUCGUCAGACUAGUGCAAGUGGCGCCGGCUCGAACAAUGAUAAUAAUUUGAAAACGUAACGCCCAUGGCAAAAUAAGCGAGUGUCAACCCGGCGGUUGGCGGACGGCGACUUGACUCCCGGGCGGACUCGGGCAACAAUGUUUCCAGGCUGCUAACGUGCGAGGCGGCGCUUGUCAGAUGCCAGAGGAGCGCAGCGUUUUGGGGAUACUCCGUCGCUUGUCCCGUUUCCAAGCGGAAACCAUUUGCGGACAAAUAGUUGGAGGGGGGCGGCGGCGGUGCGGGGGGUGCGGGUGGGGUGGGGGGGACUGAGCUACAGCUAGCUGGCUAGCCGAAGCCAAUCACCCCGGAGACUUUUUUUUUUUUUUUUUUAUUAAUUGGACGCUGUCACCCGGCAAAACCCCAACCGCGAAUGUUUUGUCUGUCAUGAGUCCGGCCGGGUGCUCCCAUGUGAACGGUUAUAAGGUGGACAAUUGGAAGCAAAACCUCCGCGUCAUAUACCAGUGCUUUGUUUGGAGUAGCACCGCUGAAACCAGGAGACGAAAGGUGCUUCAGGGUGAUGCGGGAUGGACGGAGCUGGCCAAGUCUUGCAUUUGUCACAUGUGUGGCGCCCACCUGAACAGACUCCACUCUUGCCUCUACUGCGUUUUUUUCGGCUGCUUCACGAAGAAACACAUCCACGAGCACGCCAAAAACAAGAGGCACAAUCUAGCUAUAGACUUAUUAUACGGCGGAAUAUAUUGUUUUGUGUGUCAAGACUACAUAUACGACAAAGAUAUGGAGCAGAUUGCCAAAGAGGAGCAGAGGAAAGCCUGGAAAUUACAAGGCAUAGGCGAGAAAUACACAACGUGGGAGCCCACCAAGCGAGAGCUGGAGUUAUUACGACACAAUCCAAAGCGGAGGAGAAUCACUACCAACUGCACCAUAGGUUUACGAGGGUUAAUAAAUCUGGGCAACACGUGUUUCAUGAACUGCAUCGUGCAGGCCCUCACGCACACGCCGCUGCUGCGCGACUUCUUCCUCUCCGACAGGCACAAGUGUGAGAUGCAAUCCAACUCCUGUCUGGUGUGCGAGAUGUCGCAGCUCUUUCAGGAGUUCUACUCGGGCCACCGUUCGCCUCACAUUCCCUUCCGGCUGCUGCACCUGGUGUGGACGCACGCGCGCCACCUCGCCGGCUACGAGCAGCAGGACGCCCACGAGUUCCUCAUCGCCGCGCUGGACGUCCUUCACCGGCACUGCAAAGGGGACACCAUCAGAGACGACAAUGGGAAGAAAGCCAACAAUCCGAACCACUGUAACUGCAUCAUCGACCAAAUCUUCACCGGAGGGCUCCAGUCAGACGUUACCUGUCAGGUUUGCCAUGGGGUUUCCACGACGAUAGAUCCCUUCUGGGACAUCAGUUUGGACCUGCCCGGCUCGUCGACGCCGUUCUGGCCCCUCAGUCCCGGAGGUGACGGCGGCGUUGUAAAUGGGGAAAGCCACCUGUCGGGCUCCACGACGCUCACGGACUGCCUGCGCAGGUUUACACGGCCCGAACACCUCGGAAGCGGUGCCAAAAUCAAGUGUGGCGGUUGCCAUAGUUACCAGGAGUCCACCAAACAGCUGACGAUGAAGAAGCUGCCCAUUGUAGCGUGUUUCCAUCUCAAACGGUUCGAGCACUCUGCCAAACUGCGGCGGAAGAUCACCACGUACGUUUCCUUUCCUCUCGAGCUGGACAUGACGCCCUUCAUGGCAUCCAGCAAAGAGAGCAGAAUGAACGGGCAGUACCAACAAACGGUGGACGUCUUAAACAAUGAUAAUAAGUAUUCCUUGUUCGCGGUGGUCAACCACCAAGGCACGUUAGAGAGCGGACACUACACCAGCUUCAUCCGACAGCACAAGGAUCAGUGGUUCAAAUGUGACGACGCCAUCAUCACCAAGGCCAGCAUUAAGGAUGUACUUGAUAGCGAAGGAGCCAAGAAACGCUUGCCCGCCGGGCCUGUUGCUAAGGCCAGCAUUACCAUGGAAACCCUUUGGACCGUCGGCGCGCUCCCUCAUCAAUUUUACCGUCUACGAUGUUUUCAAAUCUGCUUGCCGGCAGGGACUGUUUUUGUUGUUGUUGUGUUUUUUGUUGUUGUUGUUUUUAUUUUAGCACUCAUGGACACAUUCUCUUUGUUUACCAAUUGUUUUAUUUUUGAAAAAUAAUUUUUCAUAUGUCCUUCGCUGUUCCUGUUACUGGAAAAAAAAUGUUUCUGGACGUACGUGCUACUUUCAUUCUUGUGGAAUUGUUGGUAUAUGAUGAUGGUGCUGAUUAAAAGGACGCUCACCUUUUUUUUUUUUGCUGUGGAUGGACCAAAACAUGGCCUGUAUCAGCCACACGACCACGCCGGUGUCUUCUAUAAGAACAACUCUUUAGUGGAAUCUCCUCGUGGUCGAUGCACGCUGUGGCUCUGCACUGGACCGCAGCUCUCAGCCCGAUGGGGCGAUAACUUCUCCGCAGCAACGUCGCGUUUGCCCUCGCGUGUCGCACUGCGGCGCAAUAAACACGACACUCUACAUUAAAGCGUGUGCGCGAGGAUGUAAUUUCAGGUCUGCUGUGAUGGAUUGUGCCCCUAUAGGAACAUUCCAGAGAAGGCCCGAAGCAAUUAUUACAAUGUAAUGUGCAUUCAAAAUAUGACUACCAGGGGUUAUAGUGACACUCACUGGACAUAUUAAGGAACACAAGGGGUGAUGUUAAUGUGAUUUUGCACAGAAUACUGUAACAAAUUACAAUAAUGUGACUUUUGCUGUGUCCAUUUCAUUUCACAACAAAAACAGCUUGUUUUUAAAAAAAAAUAUAUAGGUAAUGCAUUUUCCUCCAUCAUACAUACAUCUGUAGAGACACGGUACCAUGAUAGUUUUCCCCCCUUUCGAAUGUGUCUUUUGUUGUUGCCGUUUCCCGCACUGUCAAAACAAAGCAAAUCUUAAUAUCAGACAAAGACAAAGCAAAUUAAAAAAAAAAUGCAGUUUUUAAAUUGUGAUCUUACUAAUUAAGGGGGGGAAAAAACGUCCAAUCUACCUG